GGACCUAUUUUAUAAAAGAAAUACCACCAAAUUUUUCAAAAAUCGAAAUUGGAUUGGAAGAGAAUUUACAGAACUUUCCUUUAACGAUGAAGAUCUAUGUCCUAAUGAUCAGAAGGCAAGCACCAUGAAAUUUUUGUCUCUCUACUCCGUCUUGAUAGUUCCACCUCUAAUCGCCCUUUUCCCUGUUGUACUAUUUCGAAUUUCAUCAGAAGAUCGUAUUAGAAUUAGGAUGUGGAGUGGGGAAUUUCAUUUUUCCGACAAUUUGAAAGAUCACAUUUCAUCGGCCAUUGUUGAUAUAGUUUCAAUCAUCUUCGUGUUAUCCGCUAUACCUCCUGAACAUCAUUCAUAUGUAGUUCGGAAUGUAUCAGAGGUAACAAGAAAAGGCUCGAUUCUGUGUUUCCGUGAUUAUGCUCAAUUCGAUGAGACUCAGCUGAAAUUCGCGGCAACCAAUGAACAACAUAAGUUGCAAGAAAAUUUUUAUGUUAGGCAAGACGGUACUAUGUCUUAUUUCUUUACUUUAGAAUACCUUAGAGAGAUAUUUGAAAAUGAUCAGUUAUUCAAAAUGAUAGAUGGAGGAUAUGUUACUAGAGAAACUAUUAAUAGGGCGAAGGAUUUGUGCAUAGACAGAAGAUUUUUACAAGCAAAGUUUGAGAGGCUGUAA